UAUAGACGUAGAGCGCACCGUGGCCACCGUACCAGUCGAGAGAACGUGCUCCGAGAGUAACGAACGAGCGCUUUUGGGGGGCAAAUAGCGAACCAAACCGGGCAUACAACCAGCAGAACAAAAUCAUCACCACGCCGGUGUUUAGUGCAGUGUGUGCAGUGCGGCCAUUGGUGACACGUAAACAGGGAAAUUUCUGGAAAAUUCUACCACCCCCACAGUACGCCACACGUGCGUCUCCACACCCUUACCUGUGCAAUCGAAAAGAAUGCGACGAUUCACGACCAGUUUGCUGCUGGUGGUUGCCUUGACCGUGACCGCCACCAUCGCCUAUCCAGCGAGCUACGAGAAGGAGAAGGAAUCCGACACAUCGGAAGAUGCUGAGUACAUCGUCGUGCCGUUGUCGCAUCACCGCCCGACAUACUAUAACCGGUAUCCGUCAUCGUUUGAAGGGUUCGACGGUGUAGUGGACACCGGAGAUUUCGCUCCUAUUCCAGCUAGACCCGUGUACUUCCCAUCGUACAAUCCUUUCUCGUGGCAUCUUUCGGGAUAUCUGGAUGAUCUUCUGAAGCGUGUACGAGAUCGUUUCGCGGGAUCGUGGAACCCAUUCUAUGGUGGAGAUUUCAUCCCAUCCGGACCAGGAAUUUGGCCUCCGGAGAUUCCGGAAGAUUCGUCGGAAGAUGGUGUUACUAACUCCACCUCUACUGUCAAGGUGAUCGAUGGACACAAGGUUGUGAUUAAUGAUACGUACUACACCAAGAAGACGGAGUUCGGUACAUCGAUCUUCAAGGUGCGUGUCAUUGACGUGAAGCCAACUGACGACAGUAGUGAAGCGGUGACUACCCCGAAAGCUCCAACUGACGUUGAGCUCGGCAAUCGUAAUGGUGCUGAUGAUGAUGCGGAUAAACAACCUGCCGCACCGUCGACUGAUGCACCCAAACGAGAUACCGAGCUAGAAUCGAGUGAUGAAGAGAAGACUACCGCAGAUGACGACAAUCUGAACACGAUCGAUACGUCCAGCGUGGACAUCGAUGAGGCGAAGGUGAACGGAAAGGAAACACCAGUGGACAAGCCGGAGUUCUCAGAACAGUGGUCAGGGCUGGAAUCAUUUGAAGAGGCAUCACAUGCAUUGGAAGACCUAGUGGAUGGAUCACCCGAGACGACCAUUCAGCGAAACCGUGGCAACAGCGAACUGCUCGAAUCAAGCUCAGAAGAGGAACCGGAACCAAAUGUCAACGGGCAUCGUCAGCCAGUUUCGGGCGAAUGGCCCAAGCAAGAUGAUCGUAAGCGGAUCAUCGUUUCGAACAGAUUCGACAACCGGUUCAACGCAAACCAAGAAAGACCUGUCGGUGAUGCGCCCGCAACAACCGGGCAUGAUCUUUCAAACGAUAUCGCCAUCAACUUUCGACUGGCCGCGGAUAAAAGUGUGACGGCCAACCCGAACGCAAUUACGUUCAACCCAAGGAAUCCACCGUCUGUUAUUGUCCAACGGGAUCCGUUCCCCACGGCAGGUCCAGGAAGAUUUCCAACUAUUCCUGGUCGUCCAACGAUGGGCUUUCCUUCCAAUCAGCAACCAGUGGGUGGAGUAGGGUUUCCCGCGGUAGGAACGUUUCCGGGCUUUCCCGGUUCGGGUGGUUUCCCGGGUGGUCAAUAUCCAUUGCAACCAUUCCCCAUGCAACCACCACUGUUCGGUGUACCGGCGGGUACAAACUUUGGCCUAGCAGCUCAGAACCCACAGCUACCGCCGUUCUUCUUCGGCAAUGGCCAGUUCCGGCGUCCUUAAAAUACGGAAUGGGAGUUAAAAAAUAAUUUCCCAACAAAUGGUGAAUAAGACGAUGGAGGAAAACUUCUAGUACGUAAGAGUUGCUCAUUUAUUUAUUGAUCUAAAUUAUUUUACUCAAGCGAAAGGUUAGUGUGGCCUUCCUGGUGCCGCUACACAUCCAACUAGACUAGAUCUAUUGUUAAGGACCGAAUUGACAGGAGAGUGGAAUCGAUGAACUAGACCAAUCAGAGUUUUCACUAAUACCAAAGAAGUUUCCCCGUGCUGCAGCGUGAAAUGUCGAGUGUACGAACUUUGGAAAGAAUCAAAGCUUCUUGCCUCUCCCACCUUUUCCAUUCCGACGUGGUGAAGAUGUGGAAAUGCAUGAAGCAAACCACGCCACACAUGGUAGUUUGACUGGACGCAAACAAGGCUACACAACGAACAGGGUCGAAAAUGGGAGAUUUUAUUCUUCAUUGGAAAAUAAUUUAUUUACAACAGUUUCGGACAUACUUCCGUUCCGUGUGGCUUAAAACUUUUCCAUCAACCGAAAGUGAUUGGAGUAGCGGAUGGAAUGGGAAGAAACAGCCAUCAUGCAUUGAUGGGUGACUGGGAGCCACACAGGCGGGGCCAAGGAAGUUUUCUAUAAAUCCUUCCUUUCGUAAAGUAUCGAAGUUUGGGAUAGUUUGUUUUCGUCCCUAGUCUGUUGCUGUUCGCAUUAUCGAAGGAUUAGUGAAGAAUCGCCCAACUGAUGGUGCAAUGCAUUCGGCAGGAAAUGUGAGAACUCUAUUAGACGGAGCGGGGUUGAGGUUUUCGCGUGAAGAAUUUCUCGUUCGAAUAAAGCCAAUAGGCGGAAGCAAAUUUAAUACAACAUAUUUUAUCAAGUGGUUCAAUUUGUCUUACUAUUGCCGUACAUUAAACAUUAGAACAAACAGUAGCCCAUCCAAUUCAGAACAUAUUAAUUAAGGUAAUGGCAUCAAGCUGAUAGCAAAAGGGAUCCCCAAACGUGAAAGACCCUUGAAAGGUAUUUCUACAGGUACAGGUAGACUAAUUAAUUUGUGCAUUGUCUGACAAAUGGCGUAAAAUUUGGAACGAGUAAAACUCAUUGCACCGAAGUACGAACCACCACGGUACACAAGAGCGCAGUAAAGAUUUUCAUUCCGUAGUGCAGUACGGGCAUUACAGUAAAUGAAUGUAAAAAGACGCAAAGAGCAAACAAUUCAAUAAAUCUAGUCCUUCUUGGCAGAUUCUAACCGUGGGGUUACGACGGAAUGGAGAAGAAAAAAAAGCCAGCAAAGUUUUUAAUUUAAGAAAAUCUUUUUCACGUGUGCCUUUGGCAUAGGGAAGAAAUUUAAGGAAACCCGAAAUAAAAUUGGGAAGAAGUUGUUUCUGUGUUUGUUCGGACAUAAUAUUAAAAAGAAUAUAAAAAAUCCUUUACCCCUAUACUGGAUGGUUGAAAAUAAGAUUUUAAUUAACACUUUCAAAAAUUAA